UGUAGUAGCAAUCACAUUGAAACCUUCUCAUUGUCAAGAAAUAAUUCGAGAUGACACUAAUAGAGAUAAUAAAGCUCAUUACAGUUCUCCUGAUUUGCUUUCUAGCUGGCUUCAGCACUGGUAAGACUGACUAUUCAAUUAUAGAUUUCCUUACAUUGACACUGCAUGUUUCAUAAAGCACAAUAUUCAGUGAGUGUGGAGAGACCAUGUCCAAUGGAAACAGUCAUUUUCACCUGCACUGCUCCUGGAGAUUCCUUGAGAUGGGUACCAUCAGAUGUUUCUGCUCCAAUCACUAUCCUCUCUACUGCUGAUCUCAAUGUGCCACAAGAAAUGCAGCCAGGUUACACUUUGACACUGAUUGCAUUCAGUAGCACUACAUUAACAUCUACUCUGUCAAGAAUAGCAGAGAAUGGGAUCACAGUGUCCUGUGUGGGGUUUGAUCCUACUUUAAAUACUAUAGGAUCUGCAACAAUCCAAUUAGUUGAACCACCAGGACCACCUUCCAGCAAAAGACACUCGAUUCUGAGGAUCUCAGCCAAUGCAGUCAAUGUAUCUGUACAGUGGAACCCUCCUACUGAGACUGGUGGUAGAGAUGACCUCACCUACACAGUGACCAUCUCACCUCCGGCCCAGCUCUCCGCUAUUGUCCUCACAUCCACCUCUGUCACUGUGACUGCUCAAUACAAUGUGGACUACACUGUCAGUGUUGUGGCUACCAACUGUGCUGGGAACAGUACAGCAGCUGCCUACAAUUUUAGAAUCGGUGGCUGUCCUGUGUUGAAUGGAGCGUUUGGACCAACCACCAGCAGAUUGCCAGGAUCUACAGUAUUCAUCCAGUGUGGCGCUGGGUAUGUGUCUGCUGUUACAAUGGUGACAUGUGAGGGUACACUGAUGUGGAGUCCAGACCCCGAUAUUGAGUGUACAUUGCAAACCACACCUUCUCCUACACCGUUCCCUCCAAUGAACUGUACAGCUUCACUAUCCCCACCAUGGAAUGGCACCAUCGGUAAUCAUUCAGUAUCAGCUAUUCCUGGUACACAAGUGACCUUCCAGUGUAACGAUGGACUAUUCCCUGAGGGCAUAAUGAAUGUCACUUGUCUAGCUACAGGAGAGUGGGACAAGAUCCCAGGGGAGAUCGUCUGCAGAAAUGAGUCUAUCUUCUGUGUCCUGCCUGCCCCUCCACUCAAUGGAACAUUACUCAACACCAACUCUCUGAACACUAACCUAGUCGAGGGCUCAGUCAUUACCUUCCAAUGUGAUCCUGGGUUCUCACUGGUGGGUGCAGUGACUGUCACUUGUAACAACUCUGGUCUCUGGGAUCCUGACCCGGCUCAGUUGGAGUGUGUUUCUCCAACUGCUACCACCACCCUAUCGACUGGUGUAACUGUUGCCAUCGGUGUUACUACUACUUUUGUGUUGUCUACUCUAUUUCUCGCUGGACUCCUAGUGAUGUACUCGUCCACGCGUAAGAAGGCAGUGUACUUCACAAGAAAAACAGCAUUAUCUGUUGUAGAACCCACUAAACCAGUUGGUCCUGUUUAUGAGGAGGUGUUACCCAAAAAGGAUAUUGAACUGAACACUAACCAGGCGUACGGACCAGUAGGACCACCCAAAGAGGAUAUUGAACUGCAUACUAACCAGGCGUAUGGACCAUUAGGACUGUGAAACUUCGUGCUACUAACAUUUAUAUCUAGCCAAUAUAAGUAUUACAAUAUGUACCAUAUCAUUAUCAGAGUUUCAUACAAAAGGCCGCGGGGGGGGCGCCCUGGGAUUUCCCACCCCCAUGCAGCUAACCCCCCCCCAAAAAUUAAUGAUGUCAUAAAUAAAGUGUACGACUUUUCUCCUUAAAAAUGUCUACAAU